AUGGGGGCGAACGUGAGUCACGCGGCGGCAGCGCCAUCCGCACCUCCGCCUCCGCCAAUUGCACCCGCGGGCGUUCCUCCGCCCCCCGCGGGCCCGGUUGGCUUGCAGCAGGUCGUUCCGCCGGCUGAUGCGGCGGGAAACGCGGAGAAGCCUCCGGAGAAAGUGGACUAUCUGAAUCUGCCGUGCCCGGUGAAAUAUGAGGAGAUCCAACGAGAAGCGCUUAUGUCGUUAAAGCCCGACCUCUUCGAGGGCCUUCGCUUCGACUUCAACAAGCCGCUCAACCAGUCGUUCUCGCUCUCGCACAGUGUGCUGAUGGGCAGCGCUGAGGUGCCGAAUCAGUCGGGGGGCAUUCUGAAGGUGCCGCACUCGUCGUACGAGUUUGGGGCGAAUGUGCUGGACGCUAAGAAGAUGCUGAUAGGGCGGAUGGCGGAUGGGAGGUUGAGUGCGAGGGUGAGCUACCAGGUGACGGACAGCGUGGCACUGAAGGUGAAUGCGCAGAUCGUGAACGAGCCGCACUUCUCGCAGGGCAUGUUCCAGCUCGACUACAAGGGGUCGGACUACCAGUGGCAGGCGCAGGCGGGCAACAAUGCAUUCUACGGAGUGAACUACAUUCAGAGCGUCACACCCACGCUCUCCCUGGGAGGAGAGGCCUUCUGGCUCGGCCACCAGCGCCGCUCCGGGCUGGGCUUUGCAGGCCGCUACAACACCGAUAAAGUGGUGGCAACAGCACAGGUGGCGAGCACAGGGGUGGUGUCAAUGACCUAUGUGCAACGCGUGUCAGAUAAGGUGGCCCUAGCAGCUGACUUCUUGCACAACUGGAACAGCAAGGAGUCGGCCACAAGUGUUGGAUACGACUAUAUCCUGCGCCAGUGUCGGCUGAGGGGUCGGCUGGACACCAAUGGCUGUGUGGCGGCUUAUUUGGAAGAGAGGCUCAAUCUUGGGGUCAAUCUCCUGUUCUCCGCAGAGGUGGAUCACUGGAAAAAGGACUACAAAUUUGGGUUCGGCAUGUCUCCUGUCUUCGCCGUUCGAGUGUUAAACAAUCCCGCAGCAGCCCAUGUCGGUGCUGAUAGCGAAGUUUCUCCUGCGGCAACUGCUACUAAUACCGUUGUAUCUGGAAAGAGCGGUCCAGAGGCAACGAGCGUGAUGCAGAGCGGUGAAGCGGACCCGUGCGCGCUGUGGAGUCAGGAAAUGGCCACGAAUGCAGCGACCUGGGACGUUGCGAAGCCCUCUACAGUUCGCGAAUGCUUGCGAAAUUUCAAAAUCAGGGAGAGUGACGUGGAAGACCUUCGGUCGGUGGUCAACGGAGUCAACAACCACUACGUGUAUAAAGACAUCGCCGUUGAAUCGCCCGACCAGGCGAACCUUCCCAGCAGCGUCGACAUCGUCGCGGAGCUAACGGCCAUUCUGCAGCGCGCCGAGCGGGGCGAAUACGAACGGCUCAUGGACGCCCACGUGGACACGUUCAACGCGAUCAACGGCCUGAACGACGGCCACACCAUGUUUUCUUCGAAUUGCUUCUUCAGCAUGGUCACCUUCUUCUUGCCGCUCCCGCUUUUCGCGGUCGUGGAGGAUGGCCAGCAGAUCGUUCGCGUCGCCACGCGCCGAUGUGAGUCCGCGCUUCGGAGUCUUCCGCGCCGCUUCUGA